AUGGUGGCCGUGGGGCUGGAUUUUGUAGUGGCAGAAGCAAGGAGAUGUGGGAUUAGGCUGAUAUUGAGUUUGGCUAAUAAUUAUGAAAGUUUUGGUGGGAAGAAGCAGUAUGUGAAUUGGGGUAGAAGCAGAGGACAGUAUCUCACUUCUGAUGAUGAUUUCUUCACAAACUCUAUGGUUAAAGGCCUCUACAAGAAUCAUAUUAGUAGUGUGCUUAACAGAUAUAAUGCAUUCACUGGAGUGAUCUACAAAAAUGACCCAACAAUCAUGGCUUGGGAACUCAUGAAUGAGCCAAGAUGCACCUCUGAUCCCUCGGGCAGAACUAUUCAGGCAUGGAUAAUGGAGAUGAUGGCUUCUUAUUUAAAGUCCGUAGACAGAAACCAUUUGGUCGAAGCCGGAUUAGAAGGCUUCUUCGGCCCAUCAUCGCCUCAGCGAAGCAGAUUGAAUCCAGUCUCCAACAUUGGGACAGGCUUCAUUGCAAACAACAUGGUUCCCGUGGUUGAUUUUGCAACAGUGCAUUCCUAUCCCGACCAAUGGCUAUCAAACACAAAUGAUCAGAAUCAGGUGUCUUUCAUGAGCAAAUGGCUUGACACACACAUCCAAGAUGCUGAGCGCGUUCUGCGGAAGCCUAUACUGAUCGCGGAAUUUGGGAAAUCGUGGAGAGACAUGUUCAGCGGUGGAGCUGCUGGUGGAGGUCUCUUCUGGCAGCUGCUGGCCCCGGGCAUGGAUAACUUCGGAGAUGGGUACGAGAUCAUCCUGAGCGACAAGAGGCAGAGCUCGACUGCAAACCUGAUAGCACAGCAGGCUCUCAUAAACUGUACCAGAUCAGAAAGUGGUUUUGGAGAAGCAUCAAAGGGAGACACAUCCACAACUGAUUACUGACUCUCUAUCUCUAGUCUUGUCUCUCUUUCUUUGGGAUGGA